CCCCAAUAUCCCAGGAAAGAAAAUCGGUACCACCGCCAAGUUCAUCAAGAAUACCCGUCUAUACAGUAUCGCAUGACGUUGGGGAUAAUACACAGAGACCGCCGCAUGGACUGCGUCUCGACUUCCUCCUCGAAGGUCUCGGCUCCUGGCCCGUCUGCUCCGGUCUCGCAUACGCGUCCAGAUCGCACUAGCAGCACCGGACGCCAAGCUCCACCCACAACAGCCAUCGGUACGACCUGCGCCGCACAUCGUACGCGUUGCGCAGGUCCUACACUGCGCAACGUUCUCGCACGCACGGAACCCGAGUGCCGGCCUCGGCCUGCCCUCGAUUUCUCGCCUGUCCCGUCGUCGCCGGACGUUCGCGACUGACGUAGGUGUCUUCGGUCGCGAUCUUGCGCGCUGUCAAUG